UUAUUCUGUUGCCUUGAGGACAAGAAUGCAGCCUUAGUCCCCAACCGAUACGCCAAAGAAAGACUCGCUGCUGCUGGCUUUGGUGAAAAACGGCUCACAUUUAAAGGCAGCCAUACAGAUUCAAAUGAAUUCCUCGAAUUCUUGAUGGAUGCCUAUCCAAAACUGCGGAACGGUGGCGGUUUCGAGUUGCUAAAAAUAUCUGGCACUACGAGAAGUCGCCACUUGAUUGUGAUCCCCUGUCCCAAUGAGGGUUACUAUGUCAGAUAUUUGAAGGACCCUCAGACCCAGAUUGGCCAUUCUACGGUUUUCAUUAGACCAAUGCAAAGAACCCUGAAUUUGGACCCUGCAUGUCGAUCAGAAGGCGACAACGUGUUAAUUGGACCAAAUCAGAAAUGUGUCAUCUGUGGAGAGGAGUUCCCCUUUUCCAGAAUCAAGGAUCACAGCAAUAACUGCACGAGACCAUCACAGAGCAGCGGUGAGGUACAGAUUGAGUUGACAACUGAAAGGGCCUCCGGAAGUCAAGUUAGAUUUGAAAGCACGUUCACAGGAGCACAGGGAAAUGAGACAACAAGGGCCAGGAACACAAGACACUCGGUGCCACCUCAGGAAAUGUUGCCUUCUCCUGAGGUAGUUGACAUCGAUCCCACUGAGGAAAGUGGCUUCUCUGAUUGGAGAAUAGCGCCAGAUCCCACAGAGGCAGCAAAGAUGUUUAAAGAAGACAUUUUAAGCCAGCAUGCAACUGGAAAAUCCUUGUGUCUUACUAUGGAUCUUGGAGACAGUGCAGCGGAAAGGGAAAGAGCAGUCCUUACUUUUUAUAAGAAGGCAAAUGUUGAGUGGGCUUGCCCCUUGACAUGCACACUUAAGGGAGAUCCAGCCAUUGGUGAUGGUGUGACUCGGCAUUUCUUUGCAACCAUCAUGUCAAAACUUCAGGCUGGUUUUGAGAUGAAGUUUGUGCCUGGAGGAACUCUUCUUUUUGAAGGAGAACAAGAUCAUCUGAUUCCAUCCACUUCUCAUCUCCUUUUGGAGAGUGACUUCUUUGUUGUUGCUGACCGAAUGAUUGGACAUUCAUUCCUCCAUGAUGGGCCAUGCCUAGGUGGACUGAGCCCAGCUGUCCUGCAUGUGCUCUUUGGUGGAUCCCCAGAAGAAGCCACAAUAGAUAUUAAGGACUGUGUUGACCUUGAUAUCCGUGAGACAAUCAAGUUGCUGGAGGGAACAGCAGAGUUAUCAUCAGAAGAAAAAAAGCUCAUCAAUGAGUUGGCACUGUCCUGGGAUUUGCCUCUAGUCACAUGUGACAACAGGAGAUGGCUAUUUGAUAAACUGAUCCUCCAUGCUGUCCUUGGAAGAACCUCCAGACAAGUCAAGCAGUUACGAAGGGGUUUAAAAGAGACACUGAUCUGGCCUCUGCUGACGGAGAGGAAAGACACGAUUCCCCUUCUCUUUCCAAGAGCAUCUGAUUUGCAGUGCACACCACGGAUGGUGUUGGAGAAGAUAAACUGGCCCACACAGGAUGAGGAUGAAGACAGUGAAGUCUCUUUGGAGGAUUCCUGUAGGCUCACAGGAUUCCUGCGCACAUUUAUUGAGAUGGCAUCUCCCGUUAUCCUUGGGAAACUUGUGCAGUUCUGGAUAGGAUGGAAUGUGCUUCCUAGACAUGGCCUGGAUGUGACCGUGGUGGAGAGCAACUUCCCCAGCUCUUCCACAUGCUUUCACCAGCUGAAACUUCCAGGACAUUACAAAGAGUACUGUAUGUUUGAAAGGGACAUUCUUGCUGCUAUUUGGAGCACUGAAACUGGGUUCGGGAUGGUCUGAAGAGACGGACACACCUUAGUACUAGAUUUGUUGUCUUUUGUUUGGCCGGCCAAAAAUGUAUGUUUUCAGAGAGGAAAAAAAACUCAGUUAAUGCCUAUACUCCGGCCAGUUUGUGUAACACUGAAAAUAUAUAAAGAUAAACAUGCUUUCCUUGUUAUUGCACAUAACAAAGAAAGCAUGUUUAUCUUUAUAUAUUUUCAAAGUUUUAAAUUGAUAUUCGUUACAAAAUGUUCAUUAACUGUAACAAAUGUAUAUUUCUUGAUGCAUUACAGUAAGUGUUGAUUCACAACAAGCAUAUGUUCAGUGCAACACAUGUUUCAAAUGACUACUGAACGUAACUUCAUUACCAUCUAAUUUUUAUUGUAUUAAAAUCGAAAUAUACUGAAUCUUG